UCACACUCAAAUAAUAUUUUAUUUUUUGUUUAUAUCGCGUUUCUUGAACAAUGUCCGUAAAAUGUUUAUGCAAAAUUGGUAUUUUGAAAACAAAUCAAGAAACCGACGACGACAAUUCAUUUACACUUACUCAUAAUGAUAAAUUAUAUGAACCUAUUAAUAAUUGGUAUUCAAAUUGUAUUCCAGAUGUUUCCAAACAUCGUGAUUUUUGUAUAGUAGCUUUAAAAGAAAACGAUUCAGAGUACUUGACAAUAUUUCGUGAUGGUACUCGACAUCCUGGUCGAAAUAGAAAUUCUCGCGAGAACAUACUUUCUUUAUGCUUUCCAGAUUUUCAAUCGUUUUUUUGUGUUGCGCCUGUUGAAGGUGAAAGUACACAAAACGAAAAAACGACUAUGAUAAAUGAUGUCACAGCUAAACUUUAUAGUCAGUUAAAAUCUGCUCAUCUUGCAGAUGAUUCAAAGCUCGCUGACAGUCGAUUAUCAAAAAUCGACCGGCUACAGCCUGAGUUGAGGAUAUACCAACUCAAAUCAGUCGAAUGGCUACUCCGUCGAGAGCAAGAGCCGGCGACCUUGAAUCAUUUUUAUAAAAAGUUGACCUCAAGAGAAGGUCCUGAAUGCUAUGUGAACUUAUUGAAUCUUGACAUUGACGAUGAAUUACCACAAAACAUUGACAUUCCAUCGGGUGGUAUUUUAGCUGAAGAAAUGGGCUUGGGGAAGACAGUAGAAAUAAUAUCCCUGAUUCUAUUAAAUCAGAGAGUCUUAAAAACAGAACAAAUUAAAGAACCGGAAAAAAAGAAACCACGUUUAGAAAAGAGUAAAGACAAAAAGUUGUUAUGUGUUUGUUUGUCAACUCAAAUGAAAGGCAUUAUAGCAUGCUCCAAAUGUUGCCUUUAUCAACACCAAAAAUGUGUUCGUUCUUAUAUUGACUUUCCACUUUCCGACCAAGACGAUGAAUAUAUCUGCCCCAAGUGCUGGGAGCAGGAAGGAACUAUUGUUCAAACUGCUGCAACUGUUAUUGUCUCUCCUAGCACAAUCAAGUUGCAAUGGCUUUCUGAAAUUAACAAACACACUGAUCCACCUUUGAAAGUUCUUCUUUAUGAAGGUGUUUCAAAGCAUAAAAUCAGCCCUAAAGAACUUGCUAGUUAUGAUGUUGUUUUAACUGAUUAUACUAUCCUUCGGCAAGAGAUUCAUUUUACUGCAUCGAAUGAGAUACAGAUGAGUUUUAGAAAGGAAAGACGAAGAAUGAGAGUUAAUUCUCCAUUGGUCUUAGUUGAUUGGUGGAGGGUGUGUUUGGAUGAAGCACAGAUGGAAUCGACGACAUCAAAUGCUUCGAAGACUGUUAAACAAUUGCCAGCAAUCCAUCGUUGGGCAGUAACGGGUACUCCUAUUCAAACUUCCCUAGACGAUCUUAUAACUUUACUAGACUUUAUUGGCUUUCAAGAAGCCAGUGCAUCAUGGAAAAUCUUAACAGGUCAAUUCAAUCGUGGUUAUAGCGAGAAUAUGAUAAAGAUGCUACAAAAAGUUAUGUGGAGAACUAGUAAAAUGGACGUUGUUGACGAACUGAGAAUACCACCUCAAUCAGAGGUAUUGCAUUUUGUUGAAUUGAAUGAUGUAGAAAAGCUAUUCUAUUCGGAUGAACAUGCUGAUUGUUUGAGUGCGUUUUAUGAUAAAAUUAAAGGAUUUGCAGAUUUGCAAGGUGUAACGAAUAGAGAUUUGAAAAUGAUAUUACAACCAAUGUUGAAACUUCGUCAGGAUUGUUCCAUUCCGGUGCUAUGUUCGAAAUCGGAAAAUAAUGUUGUGAAGAAAUUUCUUCAGCCACAUGAAUUGUUGGAACACAUGAAGACAACUAAUGAACUUGAAUGUAAAUCACAAUUGCGAUCGAUGGCAUCAAUUUAUAAUGGAAUGGCCGCAUUGUAUUUUCUCCAAAAAAACUACAAAGAUGCAAUUACUUACUACGAACGUGUUAUGGAUCUGUCUAAAAAGUACAAUGGGACUAUAAGCGUUGAUAGUUUACUUCAAAUCCAUGCUCUCUACAAUGCAAUUCAAGCAUAUCGUACUAUCAGUUCAACAGACAGUCCCAUAAUCAACGAAUAUGAAAUUCAAUGCAAUAAACUAGAAUGGAAGUAUUUAGAACCAUAUGCGGCAACACUUCUAUCAGCCGAAAAAGGAUACAUUUCUGCUUCCAAUGCAUUAACUAAAUGCCAUGAAGAUAUGUCAGGCGAGUUUUCUGAAGUAUGGGAAGGUGUUUUACAAGCAUUUGAAGAUGCAAAUAGAGAUGAACAGCUUCUCAAUAAAAUAAAUGACGAAGUGUUUUUGUUACAUAGUAGUAGUCUAUAUGAAAGAUUUCGAAUGCUCAAUUCUGUUCUAAUGGUACUUGAGACUUGGUACAAAAAGAUUUUAAAAGCUCGAAGAGAACUUGAAACUACAUUUGGUAGAUUUGAUUUUUUCAUUCAGAAUGUUCGACCUAGAAAUGAUGUUCCAAUAGCACAAUGGCGAAUGAUGAAUGCAUUUAUUCAUAGUGUUUACGAUUGUCAUUUAAGUAAUUUUCGAAAGGUCGGAACUGCCAAAAAACCCGAUGAGAAUAAAAAGGAAAAGAAGAAACUUUGUCAGUUGUGUGAGGCAGAAAAACAAUUACAAACUUUGGAGUGUUUGAUAUUUGACAAGACGCUAGAUGAGAAAACAAGUAACGCUGAAGGAACAUGGAAUCCAGCAAUGCAGGAAACUGCGAUGAAAGCUAUUUUUUCGGCUGUUAAGUCAAAUGUCGAUAUGAAAGAGUUAGUUCGAGAAUGUGAAUUACAACUUGAAGCUAUUGCUUUGAUGAAGAUAGAAUACAAGGAACUCGUUAAACUUUGGAUUGAGAUUGAAUAUUCCGUAAAGGCGUAUGAUGAAAUGGACAUGUGUAAAAUGCGAAUAUCACUUGCUGAUCCGGACGAGGAGAAAACUAAUUAUAGUAUUUACGAUUAUGAGAUCGAAGGCGUUCUUGAAGAAUCUAAAAUCAACUUUGAUGUAGCACAAAAAGAAUUUGUAUUAAAAAAUGCUCGUCUGAAAUACAUUCAACAUUUAGAAGGAAAUACAGAUCCUGGUGCGUGUCCUAUAUGUCGUUCUGAAGGACAAUUUAAGUAUGUUGUUCUUGAAUGUGGUCAUCAUUUAUGUUUCUAUUGUUUUAAAACAAUAAAGCAACGAAAUAAAUUUGCCAAACUAACGUGUUCAAUAUGCAGAAAUCAACAAAAAUAUGAAAACAUUUAUUAUGUUACUCGAAAGACAAUCAAUAAAGAAGGAUUCGAAAUUAAAGGAGAUUUCUCAUCGAAAAUUCAAAAAAUUAUUCUAGAAGUUAUCAAGCUUAAGUCAGAGGAUGAAAACGUUAAAAUAAUAAUGUUUUCUCAAUGGGCACCGAUAUUGAAAGCCAUCGGAGAAGCUUUAAAUGAAAAUGAUAUUAAUUUUAGAAUAAACAAAUCCCCACAAUGUGUGGAGCAGUUUAAGAAUGAAAAACUUGAGAUCACUUGUUUAUUAAUGCUGCUGCAUAAUCGAGCACAAGGUCUGAAUUUAACUGAAGCAACUCAUGUCUUUUUAGUUGAACCAAUUUUAAAUGUUGGUGAAGAACUUCAAGCUAUUGGCAGGGUUCAUCGAAUUGGACAGACAAAACCAACUUUUGUUCAUCGUUUUAUUGUACAAAAUACAAUCGAGGAAAAUAUUUAUAAAACCCUUUCCGAAGAUAAAACCAAGAAAUCAAUAGAUCUCACAAUUGAAAAUAUUAAACAAUUAUUCGAAAUGCAUUCGUAUAAUUCAUAGAAAUAAUAAAAUUUUUGUUUUGUUUAGAAACCAAUUUUGCUAUUAUUUUGUCUAUUUAUUAAUAAAAUUAAUAAAAAAAAAUAAUUUUAAAUUUGUACUUGAAAACGAAGUAUACAAAUAAAAGGAAACAGA